AGAUUCCGUGUCGUUAUCCGGGUAUUCUGUAUAAAGCUAAAGACAAACAUGUAACUUUUUGAAACUGAAACUAAUUCUGGUUUGUAAAAUCAGAUAAAAUCACAACAAACACUAACAUCACUGCUGCUACAGUAACGCUAGCUUGCUGAUUAGCGAAGAUUAGCGAAGAUUAGCCACACGCUAACGCUAGCGAGGCUGGAGCAGGUGUUUAUGGGAUAUGUAGUUUUUACACCGUGACCGAACUACAAUCAGCGAACAGAAAAUACAAGUUAAAACGUUUAAAACACACACAUUUAAAAUUUUGAAUAUAACAUAACACAUGUUAAAGUCAAACAGGGAAUAAAUAACAAGAAUCGAAUAACUGAGGAAAAAAUGACUGAAAUGAGUGGACAAGUUCACUUCCGGUAUCGGUGUGACGUCACAGCCCGUGAUCUCGGCUCUUAUUAUUAUUCUGUGGUCCAUGAGCAUCACAAUCCGCUGCUUGUCCCGUCUCUCUGCUCCCGCAGCCAUCCUGCAAUAAUAAUAAAUAAUAAUAAAAUAAUUAAGUAGUAAUAAAUAAUAAACAAUAAUGAUAAUGAAGGUGGAUUUUGAGGAGUGUCUGAAAGACUCGCCCCGUUUCCGGGCUGCUGUAGAAGACGUAGAGGGGGAUGUCGGAGAGCUGGAGUCCAAACUUGACAAGUUAGUUAAGCUGAGUAUCGGGAUGAUCGACGCCGGUCGAGUUUACAGUCACGCCAACAGACAGUUCAUUAACGGGAUCCGAGAUUUAGCGCUGCAGUCCAGCAGAGACGACGUCAUCGGGUCCAGUUUAGCUGCUUUUGCUGAGACGCUACAGGAGAUGAACAACUACCACACAAUCUUAUUUGACCAGGCACAGCGAUCUGUCAGAUCUCAGCUACAGACCUUCGUAAAAGAGGAUCUGAGGAAGUUUAAGGAGGUGAAGAAACAGUUUGAUAAAGCGAGUGAGGAGAAGGAAGUGGCGUUGGUAAAAAACGCUCAGGUUCCCCGGAACAAGCCGCACGAAGUGGACGAGGCCACCAACAUCCUCACCACGACCCGGAAGUGCUUCCGCCACAUCGCCCUCGACUACGUACUGCAGAUCAACGUUCUUCAGUCCAAGAAAAGACUGGAGAUUCUCAAAUCGAUGCUGUCGUUCAUGAACUCCAAUCUGAGCUUCUUCCAGCAGGGAUACACACUGUUCAGCGAUCUACAGCCACUGAUGAAGCAGCUCGGGGGACAGCUGGAUCAGCUGGUCGUCGACUCGGCAAAGGAGAAAAGAGACAUGGAGCAGAAACACUCAGCCAUCCAGCAGCAGGCUGCACUACAGGACUUGUCCUCUGAGGACUGUGGGCUGCAGGUCAGUGUGGACUGUGAGGAUGGAGUGAUGAUGGAAGGAUAUCUCUUCAAACGAGCCAGUAAUGCUUUCAAAACCUGGAACAGGCGUUGGUUCUCCAUUCAGCACAAUCAGCUCGUCUAUCAGAAGAGAUUCAGGGAUAACCCCACUGUAGUGGUUGAAGAUCUCCGACUCUGCACGGUUAAACAGUGUGAGGACGUGGAGCGACGUUUCUGCUUUGAGGUCGUCUCUCCAAACAAGAGCUGUAUGCUGCAGGCUGACUCAGAGAAACUGCGACAGUUCUGGACCAAAGCUGUACAGAACAGCAUCGCUACAGCUUACAGGGAGAACGGAGAGGAACCUGCAGCUAGGUUGCAGCGUGAGUCGUCGGCGUCUCUGGGCAGUCUGGACUCUCUGGGUGAGUGUCGCUCCGUACGCGCUGACAGUCCUCUACACCGCGUCCUGUCAAUCAGAGGGAACCAGAACUGCUGUGACUGUGGGGAGGCGGAGCCUCGGUGGGCCAGCAUCAACCUGGGCAUCACACUCUGCAUUGCCUGCUCCGGCAUCCACAGGAGUUUAGGAGUUCAUAAUUCUAAGGUGAGAUCACUGACACUCGACUCGUGGGAACCAGAACUCCUGAAGCUGAUGUGUGAGCUGGGUAACGAGCUGAUUAAUCAGAUCUAUGAGGCUCGGAGAGGAGAGAUGGGCUGGAAGAAACCACAGCCUGGAGAUCCCAGGCAGGAAAUCGAGGCCUACAUCCGGGCGAAGUACGUGGAGAGGAGGUUUGUGCGAAAGCAAGACUCACAGGACCAAAGGUCAAAGGUUAUGAUGCUGAGUAAAUAUGACAAGAAUCUGAAGGGAAGCGUGGAGUUCCUGCCCCCUCGGCCACCCCCUCCCACCCCUAAAAUCCGCCCCGCCUCCAACACCUCCGCGCCCCUCAGUGGGCACGAGGCUCGACGUGACUCGCUCUUCUGCCCUGAUGAGCUCGAUUCCCUCUUUUCCUACUUUGACACCUCAUCAAAGCUCCGGAGCCUGAAGAGUGCAGACAGUGGCAUUCACACCAGUGCUGACGGAAGCAGAGAGAUGCUUAACUCUUCAUCCAACACCAGCCUGAGUGAACCAGAUCUGCAGGAUAUCGAGCCUCCACGCGAGUCCCCGCCCAUUCUGCCCCGUGUGACGGAGUGUUCCCCCAGCCUGCUGCUGUACUGGGCCUCAUGUGCCUCCAGUUUAGCCGAUAUGGUGGAGGCGCUAGCGCUCGGCGCAGAUGUUAACUGGGCCAACGCAGAGGAUCAGAGCCGUACACCACUGAUGCAGGCAGUACAGGGGGGUUCGUUACUCCCCUGUGAGUUCCUGCUGCAAAACUCAGCUAAUGUGGAUCAGCAGGAUGCUCGAGGAAGAGGAGCACUGCACCAUGCUGCCAUGCUGGGACACACUGGACAGGUUUGUUUGUUCCUGAAGCGUGGAGCUUGUCAGAGCGUCUCGGAUAUGGACGGCAGGAGUCCAUUAUCCAUCGCCAUGGAUACCACCAAUGCUGACAUCGUCACCCUGCUGCGCAUGGCAAAGGUGAACGAGGAGAUGAGGGAGUCACUGGAUCAGCCAACUCAAUACUUUCAGUCUCACAGUCACUCAGAGCAGUACAGGAAGUGCAUCCAGGAGUUCAUCGCCCAGCAGCUGGACGAGUGUUAACACACAACUGUACACCGUAGAUGAUAACCAACACAACUGGAAGGGUGCUAACACACGACUAAACACCAUAAAUAAUAACCAACACAGCUGGAAGGGUGCUAACACAUGACUAAACACCAUAAAUAAUAACCAACACAGCUGGAUAUGUGCUAACACACGACUAAACACCAUAAAUAAUAACCAACACAGCUGGAAGGGUGCUAACACACGACUAAACACCAUAAAUAAUAACCAACACAGCUGGAUGGGUGCUAAUAUGCCACUAAACACCACAGAUAAUAACCAACACAGCUCAAUUAACACCUGAACACUACAGCUGGAUCUUAAAGACUUCAGUAUUACAGAAUGUACCAGACUAUAUGACAGUGUGUAAGUCUGUGUAAUAUUUGCAUUAGCCUGUUAGUGUGUUUACGUUAGUGCAUCACUGCCAUAACACUACUGUUGACGCUGAUAUAAUAAAACUCCCGUAAUACUGAAAAUUGGCAUUAAUUUGACAACAGAAUGUAUACGACAAUGUGACAUUUGUUAGACAGAAUAUUUUAAUUUGUGACUUAUAGUACGGAAGAUACAGUCAUGUAUCCUGCUGUUGUGCACAUUUUCAAUAUGGCUACAAUCCAGUACUAUUUAUAAUGUACGCUCAUCCACUUUCCCUUAGUUCUCUCAAAUCAGGUGCCGUUUCAUUGCCGCGUAACGAAGUGAAGGGGCCGGAGCCACCAGACGUCUCUGUGGUUUGAAAGUUUUAAGUACAAUUUAAGAGAGAACCGUUUAGGAUGGCCACAGGGGGGCGCUGGCACACAGAAAUUAAUUUAUUACCUGCCCUUCAGUGGUAUUAAUUUACACACAGUAUCUUUUCCUGAAGUGCUUUUCAGGCUCCGCCCACAAAUAUACCAAUGCUUUUGAAAACAUACGUCUCUGUGUUCACAUGGAAACUACGUUUUUGGUGACUGAAAAUGAUUGUUUUUUGAAAUGGUGGAGAAAUUGUACAAUUUUCACAGUUUUAAUGUGGACAGGAAAAAACGUAUGUUAGGGAAAAACGUUGCAGUGUGAACCUGUGUGUGUCUGUUGCGUGUGUUACGCACGUGCUAGGACUGGGUUAAUCACAGCACCUGAUCAGGUUGUUACUCUGUGCUCUGUAGUGUCUUAUUUGAUAACGUGUUUGUGGUUUCAUUUCUCUUUCAGCCACGUUAGUGUUUUUUCCCUAAAGCUCAAUAUGCGGGUCUUAAGAUUACUCUCGAGGCAUUUUAUGACGUACUCUCUCUGUGCUGAUGUGCUCAUGGGAAUGUUUUCAAAUAGUUUUUGUGUUGUUGUGCGAAUGGAGAGAAAUGGAGAGAUUUCAAAAAUGCUGUUUGUUUUGAACAUGGAUGAGUAAAAACUAUCUUUUCAAAAAUAUCCUUAUACAUGUGGGCAGGGCUUCAGACUGCAGGUGAUAAAUUAAUUGCUUUCCAUUGACUCCACCCACUAUUUUAUAGUUUUAUGUCAAAAUGGCCCAAAUUACAUAUUUAUUAGGGACAAUACAAAACUAGACGUGUUAUUUUGCUUAUGUGAUGUACACACUACUGUACUUGUGUUGUAAGUGUACGCUCAUGUAUCAUAAGAGUCACGUGAUGUGUUUUCCUUAAAGGUGCUUGUUUGAGACCAAACACACAAUACGCACAACACACACUCUAUAAAAACUCAGCUUGUGUUUGUUGUAUAAUAUCAGACAUAAUAUCAGGAUUAUGAACCUGAUUUUCUACAUCCUGUAAAUCUCCUGACCUUAUUAUGGUUUACGAUAUCAUCACGAUAUUGUACAUUUUAUAAAUUAUAAAUUGACGUUACCUCUGUGGAAAACUCCAGAAUGUCAUUUUAAAGCCAUUAACUCUAUUCUGGUAUUGAGUAUUGUGAUGUAUUGUAUAACUGAUUAUCAGCACAUCCUUAAUUAUAAACUACUGAGUCUUCCUUAAUUAUUCUUGCCUUUGACUGUAACAAACACACUGUGCGCACACACACACACACACACACACACACACACACACACUGUGGACAUACAGUAUCUCUUUUAUUUAAAAAUAUAAUUUUUUUUUUUUUUAUGUUUAAGGUCUGACAUUGAAAUCCCAAAAAUGAGGCUUAAGAAUGUGAAGCUAGUUCGAGCUCGAUGCUGAUUGGUCAGCUGGUUGACGAGGGUGUGAUGUAAUGUGCAGCUAGUUCGAGCUCGAUGCUGAUUGGUCAGCUGGUUGACGAGGGUGUGAUGUAAUGUGCAGCUAGUUCGAGCUCGAUGCUGAUUGGUCAGCUGGUUGACGAGGGUGUGAUGUAAUGUGCAGCUAGUUCGAGCUCGAUGCUGAUUGGUCAGCUGGUUGACGAGGGUGUGAUGUAAUGUGCAGCUAGCUCGAGCUUGAUGCUGAUUGGUCAGCUGGUUGACGAGGGUGUGAUGUAAUGUGUUAUAUGUAAUGAAGUCUUUUAUAUUUCUGUAAAUAAUCAGAUAUCUGUGCACAAUUUCAAGGACAUCGUGUCUCACAGGCUUCUGUAGUUAAUCUUCUAUAUGCUGCAUGACAUUUUAGAACAAUAACACACACUGUGUGUAUUAUAACAUGCUGAAGGCCUGAAACACACUUGACUCUCUCUCUCUCUCUCACACACACACACACACACACACACAGAAACACGGUCCUAAAAUGUGUCACCUGAAGAUUUUAUAAAAAUAUGAACGUAUUCUGAACUUUGGUACCUCUCUCUCUCUCUCUCUCUCUCUCUCUCUCUGUCUCUUUCUCUCUCUCUCUCUCUUUCUCUCCUCCGUGAUUAAAUUCCAGCUGACAGUUGAUGAUGAUAUCGCAGUGGGCUUUACAGCAGCCAACCAAUUAGCAGCUUCACUCCAACUCUUUGGGCAGUGAGAGAGAAUUUUUUUAGAAUUUCUCUCUUCUUACUUUCUUUUUUUCUGUCUUUUCAUCCUCAUUCCUUUUGUUUUUCUUUUUUUUAUUUAUUCCUUAAUUUCCUUCUACUCUCUUAUUGCUUCCUUUUUCUCUUUAUUUUUCAAUCUCAGUCAGCUCUUUGUGAACGAAAUGUUAUAUUUAGAAAACACACAUCUAAUCAGUAAUUACGUUAUUAAACACUAGAUUAAGAUUAUAGUGACUGAUGAAUCCUGCGGCGCCCCCUUCAGGACGGGGGGUUUAUUUCCUUCACAGUCACAGGACGGAGAGGCGCUCAUGUAGAAUUUAACACUGUUGUUUAGGUGUGUUCCAGGCCUGACUGUGUAUAAUCACUCCUGAGUGCUGAUAAAGCUGAAUUUCUGAAAACUCGGGUUCUGAAGGCACAUCUGUUUAAACACCAUUUUAUAUAUGUCAUUUGUUUAAAAUAUUUCACUGCUAACCGUAAAAGAGUGGAAGAAAAAUGUAAAGAUUUAAAUUACAUGCUGUUGUUUGUUAUUGAAUGUACAGUGAACUUUACAGCUUCAAUAUCCCACAAUGCACCAGUGCUCUGUACAUGUCACUGUAAUAACAGCUUAUUUAAAUAUCGUGACUGUAUUUCUGUGAGUAGUUUUAGUGAGUAAGCCCCGCCCCCAUGCUCCAUAAGGCUGAUCAGACUUCACUCUUUCAUAGACUAUAGACUCCGCCCCUUGUGUGUGCUGAGGUAUGACACAUUGGCAGAUUUUUAAAGCUAACUGUUAACUGCCUCUGACUAAAAAUGUCUGAAGUAUAAAAUAUCCCUCUAGACUCUUAACCAUCCAAGAAGAACCACUAGGGGUGUAAUGAUACACAGUGACGUGAUGCAUCGCGAUGCAAAACUGUGACGAUGUGGAUCAUGGAAAUGUGCAAAAUCAGCAUUCUGUUAAUUAUGGAUGUAAUGCAGUUGCACUAUUUGAACACCAGGGGUCCCAAUCUGCACAAUUCAUAGAUAAAAUAACCAAUUAAUUCAUAGUUAAAAUAUACAGCGAGCACACUGGUCACGUGAUUGCGUUUGUGGAGAGCCUGCGGCAUUACUGGGAAUCAUCUGCACUUGUGAAGUGAUCAAUAGCUAUGGAUUGCAAGGAGUGAAACAAAGCUUAUACAUUAUAAGGUUACAGGACCAUGUUAUAACGGUUAAAAAGAGCUUUUCAGUAGCUUUCAAACAACACCAUCUCCACGCCACUGCAAUAUGUAGAUCCCGAGAAAGAGACCAAGGAAACCGGGCAUUUUAGCCGACUUUGGAGCUCUGUUUCUGCUACAGAGCUCAUUAUGUUUCAGUCAAAGUCCCUAGCUCAGACACUUAGAUUAUUCACUCAAAAUUUUUGGAAGAAUUUAUAAAUUAAUUUUUAAGAUCUGGUGAACCUGUAGUACAUUUUGUUUACAAUAUUAAAGCUCUGUUCAUAGCAAUCUUUUGAUUUAUUUAGUUUUAUACAGAUAAAAAUGCACAUUGUUUAUUAUGUAGAAAUAAAAAGUUUUUUAGUCAUAAUUUUUCUUCAUUCAAACUUUCUGUGAAUCCUGUGAACUUUUAAUUGUACAAGUAGAAAGACUUUAGGAGACCAAGAACCCUUAACCAGGGUAGAACCAAUUUAGUUAGCUAGGAACUCCUAACUAUACAAGGAGAACUACUUAAGGAAGCUAAGAACCCUAGAUGGAAAUCUAACCCCCCCAAAUAUAACCAACAAGCUUAGAACCCUUUAUUAUCCUAGUAGAAUGAUUUUAGGAAACCAGAACCCACAACCAUCCAAGUACAACUACUUUAUGAACCUAGUAUCCUUAACUGUCCAAGCAGAACCUCUUUGGGAAACUAAGAACACUUCAGCAUCCAAGGAACCUUUGAGAACCCUUUUUUUUUUUUUUUUUUAACAGUGUACUAGUUCCUUUAUUAUUUUUUUUCAGAAUGAUCACCUGCCAGUUUGUUGAGUUUACAGGGUUAUUGCACUUAGAGACAGUUUGUGGUGUUUGGGGGUGGAGCCUUUUUAAUGGUAAAGUUCUAGAUCCUAACUAGACCCGGGUUCUGGAGUUUUGGGUGAAGUGUAUAUUAAAGCUGCAAGUCACUGUUUAUGUAAAACUCUGAAACAUUCUCUCAGUGUUAGAUUAUUCUGUAUUAUUAGAGGUAUUUAAUCACAUUAACAUCAUUUCCUGUAUUUAACUGUGAAUAUGUGUGAAAGAAGAACCGGCUCAGAAGAACAUGUUACAUUUCAAAAGGUUCUGAGAAGGUUCUGGAUAAUUAUUUUAGUAUUUAGUAAUGUUUAUGAGAACCUGGAGUGGAGCAGUGUUGUAUUAAAGGGAUCUCAGCUGCCUUUGUGUUCUAAUAAUCCUCCACACUGAGUGUGUAAGGGCUGACGGUUUGAUCUGGAGUGAAGUUAUUGGGACGGAACCGAGCUGUAGAGUUAGUGCACUGGAGAACCGUGAAGAAGCGUUCUCCUCCUGGUUCUGAUCCAGCUGAAACUCCACAACCUGUGCCUUUUUUUACUUUUUCUCCUGUUUUUUUUUUUUUUUUUUUUUAAUCUGCACUUUAAUAAACAUCCUGAGUUGUUAGCAGA